ACCGGUUUCCCCAUUUUUUUAUGAACCAAGAACGCAGCUCUUAAGAAAAACAUUCUUGUGAGAGCUUUGUCUAAACAUUCUCUUGUUCUAAAACGCAUACGCUCAGUGCAAUCGCAUACCUUCGACUUGUCCGGUGAUCCGAAUUAUACGGGUCGCACACUCAUUUUGGAACAAUUGACAGGUUUAUCAAUCAUUAUUUGAAUACAUUUACCCCUUUACAGCAUUCCAAACUCAGUGAAUUAUUUAUAUUCCGAAAUUAUCGCUCGCUGCGAUGGAAUUGAAUAAUCCCGCCUACACCCUCUCCAUCGAGGACAUUGGAAAGCAAUUAGAAACAGAUCUCUCUUCUGGACUAUCAUUUGUUGAAGCCAGUCGCAGAAUUACCGAAUAUGGGGAAAAUAAACUUACUACGGAUGUCGGUACAUCGGCUUUUCGAGUAUUCAUGAAACAAAUCCUCAACGCUAUGUGCGUUGUCCUUAUUCUUGCUGCCGCCCUUUCUUUUGGUACGACAGAUUGGAUCGAGGGUGGUGUAAUCAGUGCUGUUAUUUUCCUCAAUGUUUUCGUCGGUUUUAUUCAAGAGUAUAAAGCUGAGAAAACAAUGGAGUCCCUUCGCUCGCUUUCUUCUCCUAUGGCGCACGUUCUUAGAGAUGGUUCCGUCGAACAAAUUGCCUCAAAAGACGUUGCCGUUGGUGAUGUUGUUGUUCUUCGUACUGGUGAUGUUGUCCCUGCCGAUAUUCGACUUACCGAAAGUCAUAGCUUCGAGACAGACGAAGCGCUACUUACUGGCGAAAGUCUUCCGGUCGUAAAGGAUGCUCGUGAAACUUUUUCAAUGGAAGAAGAUGUGCCUGUUGGUGAUCGCAUAAAUUUGGCAUACUCUUCAUCAAUCGUGACAAAAGGUCGCGCAAAAGGAAUCUGUUACGCAACCGGAAUGCACACCGAACUUGGUGCAAUUGCUGCGGGAUUGAAGAAUGCAUCCAAGCGCCAAUUUACCCCGCCUUCAAAGGAUCAACCUCAUUACAGAAAACAGUUACUUAAGUUUCGACUAAGGAAAAUUCGCUAUUACAUCGCUAGAGGUUUGGGCCUCAACGUUGGAACACCGCUUCAACAGAAGAUGACAGUGAUGGCUUAUGCUUUGUUUAUUAUUGCAAUUAUCUUGGCCAUCGUUGUAAUGGCGGCGCACAAGUUUGAUGUCACGAACGAAGUCUCCAUCUACGCUAUUUCCUUGGGUAUUGCAAUUAUUCCAGAAUCUUUGAUCGCCGUUCUCGCCAUCACUAUGGCUAUAGGACAAAAGACAAUGGCUAAAAGAAAGGUAAUUGUGCGUAAAUUGGAGGCACUUGAAGCACUUGGUGGUGUCACGGAUAUUUGUUCUGACAAAACUGGUACUAUUACUCAGGGAAAAAUGAUUGUUCGGCGUCUAUGGCUCCCUUCUGUUGGAAGUUUGGUAAUUGAUGCUCCUAAUGCUUUGGAUCCUGAAUCCGCUGAUGUCUCCGUUCAAAGACACAAAUACGAAAAGGGUGUUUUCAAUGAAGAAGCAGAGAAUUCUGGUUUUGAGGAAACUGAUUUCGGUUCACUCAAGGACGAUCUUUUGCCCGUUGUUGAGAUUACUUCUCUUUGCAACAAUAGUGUUGUUCAGAAACCCGACACGAAGGGUGACGAAUGGUCUGCGAAGGGAGAGCCCACGGAAAUUGCUCUUCACGUAUUCUCUUGGAGGUUUGGUCUCGGAAAAGACGUUCUUCUGCCCAACUAUACCCUACUGAAGGAAUGUCCCUUUGACUCGGAAUUGAAGCGGAUGGCUGUUGUUUACGAAAAACCCGACGGACAGCGAAUGGUUUUGGUGAAAGGUGCAGUUGAAAGAGUUAUUGAACGCUGUGCAACAAUCAUGGGCUCUCCUUUUGAAAAACAAGAUGAAGAUGUUGUCUCUUCAUAUGUUGAACUUCUCGCCGCACAAGGUCUCCGUGUUUUGGCCCUCGCGCGUAAAAACUUUGACGAAGAUGUUUCUGAUUGGGAACGCCUGGACCGUGAUACCAUUGAAAGCAAACUUGAUUUUGUAGGACUCGUCGGAAUUUACGAUCCGCCAAGAGCAGAAUCAAAGAAUUCUGUUGCUCUCUGCCAUAAGGCCGGUAUUCGUGUACACAUGCUUACGGGUGACCAUCCCGAAACCGCGCGCGCUAUUGCUAGAGAUGUUGGCAUUAUUCCGUUCAGAAACGAUGACAUUCGUGAUAUUAAGUGGAUGGUUAUGACAGGCACUCAAUUCGAUUCCAUGUCGCACGAGGAAAUUGACAAUCUACCGGCGCUACCACUUGUUAUUGCGAGAUGCGCUCCCCAGACCAAAGUAAAAAUGAUUGAAGCCAUCCAUCGUCGCAAAGGUUUUGCUGCAAUGACUGGUGAUGGUGUGAACGACUCGCCGUCUUUGAAAAAAGCCAACGUUGGUAUCGCUAUGGGGCAAAACGGAAGUGAUGUUGCGAAAGAUUCAAGUGACAUUGUGCUUACUGAUGACAACUUCUCAUCCAUUGUUAAUGCCAUUGAGGAAGGUCGAAGAAUUUUCGACAACAUUAUGAAAUUUGUUCUUCACUUGCUUAUCUCGAACGUCGGUGAAGUUAUCCUUUUAAUUGUAGGUCUGGCCUUCCGUGACCAUGUUUCCCUAUCAGUCUUUCCAAUGUCACCAGUUGAAGUCCUUUGGGCAAAUAUGAUUACUUCUUCCUUUCCUUCGAUGGGUUUGGGUAUGGAGGAAGCGACUCCAGACAUUAUGAACCGCCUCCCUCAUGACAACAACGUUGGUGUGUUUACCACUUCUUUAAUCUGUGACAUGCUUGUUUAUGGAUCUGCUCUCGGUGUUCUUGCAUUGAUGACAUGGGUUGUUAUCAUGUAUGGAUUUGGUACCGGAAACUUAUCAUAUGACUGCAAUGCCUAUUAUCAUGAGGGUUGUCUUGACGUUUUCCGUGCGAGAGCCGCAGUGUUUUCUGUUGUUACUUUUACUAUUCUGAUUAUGGCAUGCGAGGUGAAGAACUUCAACAACUCCGUGUUUAAUCUGCGCGGAGAGCCUUGGAGUGAAUGGAGCUUCAAAAAGUUUUGGAAGAAUCUUACACGCAAUAAGUUUUUGGCCUAUUCGGUAAUGGGCGGUGCUGCUUCCAUUUUCCCUACCAUCUACAUUCCGGUCAUUAACACAAACGUAUUUAAGCACAAACCCAUUGGAUGGGAAUGGGGUGUCGUUUUCGUCGCAGCGAUUCUAUUUUUGCUUUUUGUCGAACUUUGGAAAUUCUUCAGAAGAUGGGUCUUGGGCGUUUCAUCCGAGUCUCCCGCCUUCAAGCGUGCUUUGAGCCGCACUAUUACAAAUGAAACACGUCUUACAGAGAAAGACCUGGAGCGCCGGCUGUUUCAUCAUGUUCAGAAUGCUGACGAUUUGCCGAAUCGAAACGACGGAGAUGUAUAAUCGGCCUAAUCCAACAUUCAUCUCUUCACUCGUCGGUUUUCAAACUCCUUGUGUAUUCUUUUUUGUUGUUGUACGUUUUUUAUCUUCUUUUUUUGAAAGCAAACAGGCUGGGAUUCUGUUAAUUCGGUUAAUCCAUCCUUUCAUGAACAACUAUCGCAAUCAUUUUGGUUUUCAUUUUCUUUUUGUCGUUCAUUUUUUGGCUCUUUAGCAUUCUUUAUGGGAUUGGUGACAAGAGAUUUAAUUCUUCAGCUCACUAAUAUUCUCUCGUGCCCUAAUGAUUUUGAUUUACUAAUAAAUGCAUUAACAGUUACUAACAUUCACUGACUGCUUAGCGCUUCAGAAUACUG